AGAAAGGGAAAAGAGAAAGACAUCAAAACAUCAAACAUCACAUUCACCACCACCGAUCAGCAUCAAUAGCAGGUGAACACACCAUCAAAGCCACGCACAAAACUUCUACUAAGGUACAAAGGCAACACUGUAACACAUCAGAAAUCAGCGGCCAUUUAUCUGCUCUGCCUUUUCUGCACCCUCACAUAGUCACUACUCACAAAACCCAUUUCCCAUCUCUCUCUUUCUCUCUCUUCACCAAACCCAAGCAAACAUCACCAAAGAGGCAAAGAAAGAGAAGAAGAGAAGAAACAACAGAUCAGCCCCUCCUCAAAAAACAGAGUCCACUCAUGCAGCAAGACCGUUUCCCUCUUUCUCUCUCAUCCCUAAUGGCCCAGCUGGACCAAAAUUUAUGUAGAAGAAAAACAAAAAAGAAGAAAGAAGGAAAGAUGGGUAGAAGAUGGAAGGAAAGAUGUCUUCUCUUCAAACCUAUUGCAACCGAACCACCUUAAAAGUUACUUUCCCAGAUAUACCCUUCUCUGCUGUUCUGCAACCCCCAAAAUUCUAUCUUCAUCACAGCCCAAAAAAAUUUAUUUCCGAUUUAUGUGGGCUUUUCUUGUUUGUCUCGGUCAGAGUUUCACAGUGAGAGAGAGAGAAAAGGGGAAUCCUUCCUUGUUCCUCUAGAUCUCUCCUUCUUUUACUUUUAUUUUCUCCUCUUAUUAUUCCUCUCUCCCUACCUAUCUCUUAUCUGUCUGCAUUCAACUGAUUGAUCGUAUCUUAUUCUCUUCGACCCUCUCCUUUUCUUUUCUUCUUCUUGUGGGUUUGCGCGACUCUUCUUUUCUUUUCUUUCUUUCGCUGCGUGAGAUGUCAUGUUGAAGAGGAUGAAAAGGGUUGCAAUGGAUUCUUCUCCUUCGUACAUGGUUGAUGAAGAGGCUCGAACCAGAUUCAAACAUCAGAGUCUGAUGCAGGAUUACCAAGAUUUGCUCAAGGAUACAGAGACCUUAAAGAGUCAGCUGCAGAGAUCAAAACAGAACAGAUCAGUUCUCAGAGCUGAAGUCCGAUUCUUGAGGCGAAGGUAUAAACAUCUUGUAGCAGUCCAAUCUCCAAGCACCCCAACUGAGCCAGAUCCUCCUAGGCUCAUGAAUCCUGAAAUCAGAGGGGAACCACAUGCGGAGAAAAGGAGUUACAGGGAAAAGGAAGCCCCAUUAACCAACCAUUCGGUUUUUGAUUUGAACCAGGUUUCGAGAGGUGAAGAUGAUGAAUUUCAGGUUUUGGAACCAGUGAGAAUGGAGAAGAAGUUUAAGAACAAUUUAGUGCCUAUGGGUGGAGGAGAUGAACAACUGACGACUGAUCUAAACUUACCCGUUUGUAGAGAUAUUGGAAAUGGGUCUCGACCAGGGAAGAGGAAGAUUACAUGGUCAGAUCAGGUGGCUUUGAGGGCCUAGAUAGCCCUUCUGUGUUUAGCUGAUUGGCCAUUUCUGCAAUGGUUAACCAUCAUCAUUUGUUAAGAUUUUGUUUUCCUCUUGUAAUUUGUAUAGGGAAAAGAAAGGAAUUUUAUAGGUCUAAUGUUUAUAAAUGGAAUUUGAUGAAACAUUUAUCUUCUAAUCAAAAUUCAGAAAUUGUUCA